AUGGCUGACAGCGGAGGCUCCGCGGCGAGUCCCCGCGUCCCGUCUCCUCCCGGCUCCCCGCUGCAGGGACGAAGGCGGACGGGCUCCUCCUCGGCUCCCGGUGCGGGCAGCAGCAGCCAGUCUCCGGCGCGGAGCGCUGCGGGUCCCCCCGGGGCGGCGGGGGGUGCGGCGCCGCGGCUGCUGCUGUUGCCGCCGGCGGCGGUGUCGUCUCUGCCGCGGCUGGACAAGCCCAUCAAACAGGCCUUCUACAACACCGGGGCGCUGCUCUUCGCCGGGCUGUGCUGCGGCGCCGCCGUGCUGGUCUACUUCAUCCUGGAGGCCUUCCUGCGGCCGCUGCUCUGGGCCGUGCUCUGCGGCACCUUCCUGCACCCCUUCAAGAGCUCGCUCACCGCGCUGGGCCGCCGCUGGCUCGGCCGCCUGCACCGCUCCCGCACCCCGGUGCUGCUGGCCGCCCUGCUGCUGCCCAUCUGCUUCGCCAACUACGGCGCCGAGGCGCUGGGCGAGCAGGUGCUGCGCAGGCGGCGCCUCCUGCUGCUGCUGGGCGCUGGCGGCCCCCUGCUCUACGGACUCUAUUGCCUCGGCAGCUCCCUGGGAGUCCAGGUGCUGCUGGCCCAGACCGGACUCUUCAUCUGCCGGGGGCUCGACUUCUUCAGCAGCCUGUGGAUAUGGACCUUGGUUGUCGGUUAUCUGUUGACCAUUUCAUUCAAGUGGAAUGCAAGCACUGAGCGUUACUUAAGAGCAAUCUCCAUUCCUGUCUGGAUAAUACUGCUCUUCCACUUAGCUUCUGUGGCUGGCUCUUGGAGGAUUCCAGUAUUUCUGGUUAUAGUAUUUCUGAUGACUGUGGGCAUGUUGCAUGAGCAACGGGGCGGAAAGGAGUCUUCUGGGACAGAACUUCCUGGUCAAAUGAUUUCCAUUGCUGCUUCUACAAUUGCCAUGGCAAUAUCUGUCACAGGAUAUGAGUCAAGUAAUGAGCAACAUUCACCCCAACCCUCAGAAACAGCAGAAAGUGGGCAACCCUCUCAAGCCUCAUCCUCUUCGUUUUCCUCCUCUUCAUCCACUUCCGGUGGCAGACACAGGCCUGAGAUUGGAGCUUUUCUUAGAAAGAAGAAAACCAGUGAUAUCUACUUUGUUACACUUGUAUGGGCCAUUGUCGUAGUCCAAAUCUGGCUGAAUCUCUGGAUUGUGCAGUUAUUGCCAGUGCCUGUUGCAGUUUGGGUUGUUAAAAAAUUUGUGGUCCACUUUGGAGUUGUAAACUUCAUGGCGAAACGUUGUAGUAGUUGGUGGCAUGUUCUGGAAAACUUUGUGAAGGAGCGGCAGGAGGCUCUCGCUCCACGGCCAAUCAGAGGGCUUGGAAGGGUCAUGCUAAAACUUGACAGUAAGCUGUGGCACUGGCUUAAUAAGAAGAUGAUCGUGUGGUUGGAGAAAAUGCUUGAUAAAAUAAUUAGCAUUUUCAUAAUAUUUUUGCUAGUGAUAGGAACCCUUCUGCUAGCCCUUCUCCUUACGGCAAAGGUACAUCAGGAGAGCGUUCACUUGAUUCAAGUCACAAGCAGCUUGAUCAAUGAGACUGUAGCCAAUCACCCAGAGUGGGCAAACUGGCUCCCUGAAGCUCAGGUCAUUCAAAAAGCUCUCAAUUCGGCUGCUAAUAAUGUGUAUCAGUAUGGCCGAGAAUGGAUUACACAUAAGCUCCAUAAGAUAUUAGGGGAGAAAGUGAACAACACUGCUGUGAUUGAAAAGCAAGUGCUAGAGCUCUGGGACAGACUUUAUCACUCUUGGUUUGUGAAGAAUGUAACGCAUUCUGGAAGACACAAAGGACACAAGCUGCAUAUAAAUCGUCAGAACAGCUGGCUGGGUGACAUUCUGGACUGGCAGGAUAUUGCUUCAUUUGUUCAUGAGAACAUUGAGACAUUUCUUUCAAUUCUGGAGUCCUUGUGGAUAGUGAUGAGUCGUAAUGUGAGCCUACUCUUCACCACAGUAACAACAUUAGUGACAAUCCUCUUCUAUAGUGGGACAGCCCUUCUCAAUUUUGUGCUCUCACUGGUGAUUUUCCUGACCACGCUGUUUUAUCUGUUAAGUUCCAGUGAUGAGUACUACAAACCAGUAAAGUGGGUGAUUAGCUUGACACCUUUGUCGCAACCAGGCCCAUCCUCAAAUAUAGUUGGCCAGUCUGUGGAAGAGGCCAUAAGAGGUGUGUUUGAUGCUUCUCUCAAAAUGGCUGGGUUCUAUGGACUGUACACCUGGCUCACUCACACCAUAUUUGGAAUUAAUAUUGUCUUCAUACCAUCAGCAUUGGCAGCAAUCCUUGGAGCUGUUCCAUUUCUGGGAACAUACUGGGCAGCUAUACCUGCAAUUCUAGAUCUGUGGCUCACCCAGGGAGAAGGAUGCAAAGCCAUUUUGCUCUUGGUUUUUCACCUGUUGCCAACGUACUUUGUAGACACAGCAAUCUACUCAGAUAUAUCGGGAGGUGGCCAUCCCUACCUGACAGGCCUCGCAGUAGCUGGUGGAGCAUAUUACCUAGGAUUGGAAGGAGCCAUCAUAGGACCCAUACUGCUUUGUAUACUGGUGGUUGCCUCUAACAUAUACAGUGCCAUGUUAGUGAGUCCAACAAAUUCAGUUCCCACCCCAUCACAAACACCAUGGCCUCUGCAGAUAUAUCAGCCAUCUAGAGAGAGUCCUGAAGAGAUGAAAAUGGCCACAGAGUGAGAUUUACACUAUC